UACACUGAAGACAUUCUUGAUCGCGCAGGCAUGGCGAAUUGCAAGCCCGUUCCUACUCCGGUCGACACAAAGCCCAAGGUUUCCACCAACGACGGCGAGCUCCUGUCCGUCGCCACGUUCUACCACAGCAUCGCCGGCGUGCUUCAAUACCUGACGCUGACAUGGCCUGACAUCGCCUACGUCGUGAACCAGGCGUGCCUUCACAUGCACACGCCGCGCGACGCCCACUGGAACCUCAUCAAACAGGUGCUGCUUUACCUGCGAGGGACAAUGAGAGGGACAAUAACCGACAACAUUCGUGUUUCGGCUUCCUCUUCCUGCGACCUCACAGUCUACUCCGACAUCGACUGGGCUGGGUGCCCAGAUACUCGCCGCUCGACAUCAGGAUACUGCAUCUUCCUCGGCAACACCUUGGUCUCCUGGUCAUCAAAGAGGCAGACCACCGUGUCUCGGUCCAGUGCAGAGGCGGAAUACCGAGCAGUGGCGAACAUGGCGGCCGGGUGUUGCUGGCUGCGAAGCCUGCUCCGCGAGCUGUACGUUCCAGUCGACAAGGCUAUGGUGAUCUACUGUGAUAAUGAGUUGGCUGUCUACCUCUCAGAAAACCCAGUUCAUCACUGGAAAACGAAGCACGUGAGCUUGAUAUACAUUUCGUACGCGAAAAGGUUCAGCUGGGGCACAUGCGUGUCAUUCAGGUUCCGUCUCGGCAGCAAUUUGCAGAUAUCAUGACCAAAGGUCUAUCUAC